AUGAAAGUGAUAUUGUUCGUAGUGGCUACCUGCUCACUCUUGGUAUCCAGGAGUCAAGCUCAAGACGAUGGAAAAUACAGGCCAGAGAUUUACGGCGACGGGAGUUAUUACCCAACGAACGAUGGAAAGUACAUCAAUAGUUUUGAUGGACGGUACAGGAGCCUACUCAACAGAAAUAGCAAAUACCAAUCGAUCUACAACGCGUAUCAGCCAUAUUACGCUAAGGAGCUGAAUCAACAACUGUUGACUCCUUUCGUCAAGUACGGAAAUGGUAUUGAACAGACCGCAGAACCUUCUGUUGCUACUGUAACCUAUCGCCCUCCAGUCGUAUCGACAUACCGUCCCUUAGUCUACUCAUCGACCGUCAAGCCAUUGGCUUACAGAACUCAAUAUGUGAACGACGGAUCAGCAAAUAUAAUACGGCAAGAUAACGAUGUUGACGUCAACGCGUACCAUUUCGCCUACGAAACGGACAAUGGAAUCGCAGCGGAAGAAUCUGGGAGCGUUGAGCCGACAGUAAACGGUGGCGGUACCAGAACAAGGGGUUUUUACGAGUACGUUGGCGAUGAUGGUUUGAAGUACAGGGUCGACUAUACCGCCGACGAGAACGGCUUCAAGCCCGUCGGCGCGCAUUUACCUUGA